CAGGACUGUUAACAAGAUCUUUUGGAGAUCACCCCGGCAUCCAACACCCAUACAUGGCGCGAUCACCUACCACCCCUCUUCCAAGCACUCCUUCAGGAGCCCCCAAUCCAUUUUCAUUAACACCCGCUAGAGAAAUCCUUCCUUCUCCCUCUCGGAUCAACCUUGUUCCUUCCGCACCGUCCCCAUUAGACUCUUACCAACUUCGCCUCGCGUUGAGAGAUGCGGCACAAAAAUGUCAGGAGCGAGGGCUCUAUUAUGCCGCAAGAUGGGCUUCGGAGCAGCUCGUGAGCAUUCCCUCGACCAACUCAGUUGACCAGUCCGUCCCACCAGGGGAUGUAAUGGCUACGGCGUUCACAUCUCCACAGCUAGAAACCCCACGAACAGUACCACAAGCUGAAGAAGAUGCUUGUCUACUGGCGCUUGCGCAUUUUCAGUUGAAAGAGUAUGAUCGUGCAGCAUGGUGUCUACGGGCCUAUGAAGGUGAUAAGGCUCUGUUUAUAAAGUGUUACGCCAAGUAUAUGAGUGGGGAAAAGCGCAGGGCGGAGCAAGAUCUGGGACAUGAAGGUGAGCAUAUUCAACGUGCAUCUCGAAGGCACGCGGACGACAAACGCCCAACUACAUGAUAUCGCCAUCGCUCUGCAAAAGAAUGAAAAGAACCUGGAUAGCUUUUGCUGGUAUCUACGCGGAAUGAUCUAUGCGCGUAUGAAGCUCAAGUCAAAAGCUCAGAAUGCACUCGUCCAAUCCCUCCAAAAGUAUGCAUAUAAUUGGAGCGCAUGGGAGGAAAUUGGGACUUUGGUAGAAACAAAGGAAGAGUUGGAAGCUCUGAUACCGCGAUUACCAGCCGGAUACAUGCGAAAACUCUUCCUCGUUCACCUCAUGGCGCAUCGCGGUAUGGCAGCAGAAGAGUUUUCACAAAAUAGCGUGGACCUUUCGGCCAUGUUUCCCGAUAGCACGUACUUGGACCUACAAUACGCUGUUUCGUAUUACAAUCAAGGAAAAUACGAGCGGGCGUUGGAGUAUUUUGAGGAUUAUCGGGAGCAAGAACCGUUUUCUUUGGAAUACGUUGAUGUUCAGUCACAUAUCCUGUUUACAAUCCAAGAUAGCACAAAGCUGAGCGUUCUUGCCCAGAAAUCCUUUGCUUUGGAUCGAUAUCGACCCGAAACAUGCAUCGCAAUUGGCAACUACUUUAGCACUCGGCGCGAUCAUUUCCGAGCACUAGAUUAUUUCCAGCGAGCGCUAAAACUCCGUCCCAACUAUGUUGAAGCACUCAUUAUGAUGGGCGAUGAGUACAUGGAGUUGAAGAAUUCGAAUGCAGCAUUAGAGACAUAUCAACGGGCUGCUGAUGUGGCACCUCACGACUUUCGAACUUGGUACGGCGUCGCAAAAGCCUUUGACAUGCUAGCCAUGUCAGAUCACGCCAUACCCUACUACCAAAAAGCCGCCGCCUGCAGACCCUACCAUUCCCAAACCUGGACCGCCAUGGGCCAAGCCUUUGAAGCCAGCGCAAAAGACGCCCAAGCCAUGAUGUGCUUUAAACGCGCCCUCAUCUGCACCGACAAAAGCCCACUCUUAUUCAUGUACAUUGCGAAAUUGUAUCAGAUUUCGCCCACGUUGCGAGACGACGAGCAAGCCGCGUUUUAUUAUAGAUGUUGGAUUGAGGAGUGUCGCGGGAGUGGAAUCGAUAAGAGUCAAUACUAUUUUGAAUGGGAAGAUGCUGUAACAUUUUUGGCAGAGUUUUAUAAAGAAAAAGGACGCUUUGAGGAUGCGGAGGCGUAUGUACAUGAGAUUGCGCAUACCGAGAGGGGAAAGGCUCUCCUUCGGGAGCUGCGAGCUGUGAGAGAAAGCCGAUCCGAUCACAAAUCCCGGGAUACACUCGCUCCCCCGCAACCAGCCACGCCAGGGGAUCCAGGGUCGCAUGGGGAUUUGGCGCAUCGAACGGUUCAGUUUGUGGGUGGGUCUACGGGUGAAUUUUGGGUGAGUCCUGUUCCCGGGGGUGGUGGGCAAGGAAAUCGGUAUUUUGGGGCUUCGGCGCAAGGGAGUGCUAGGACCAGUAGGACGGGUUCGAGAGGGGGAUCCGGAUGGAACUCGCCCGCCGCAGAUGAUGUGAGAUAA